CAAAAACUGACGGGUUCUUCUGUUGCUUCCUCCUGUUAAGCAUCCGUUUUAGUCCGCAUGUCGGUGUAGACCACAAGGAGAGAAGCUGUCCAUACGUGAUGAAACACUUGUAAAAUAUGAGGAGAGAGAUUGCAGCUGUGGUGUUCUUUCUGAAGAGGCUUGUGAAAAAGGGGGAGAAGUUGGAAGCGGAGAUGGUCGAGCUGUUUGUUGAGAGGCUGGCUGUGGCACUGCAGGAGAAGUUUAAGGGGCACUGGUAUCCUGAAAACCCCAGCAAGGGACAAGCAUACAGGUGCAUCCGAGUGAACAGAUUUCACAAGCAGGAUCCAGAGCUCCUUCGGGCCUGUCGUGAGAGUGGUAUCCAGUACAGUGACCUGGGACUUCCUCGUGAACUCACAUUGUGGGCGGACCCUGGGGAGGUUUGUUGCAGGUAUGGUGAGCAAAAUCCUUGCUUCUCGGUUGCCACUUUCUCAAGUGAUGAUGAGGAUGGCAAAGAUGUUUCAAAGAAGGUGACCAGUGCACUGGAGAGGGUGACAUCAGACUACCACUCUGGUUCCUCUUCAGAUGAGGAGAGUGCCCGCACUUCUCCCCUCACUAUCCCCAGCAGAUGCUCUGCUUCCCAGAAAAUGAAUCCAUGUGCUCCUAUAUGGCAUCCCAAAAAGAUGGUACCAGGAAAAGGUCAUAUCCCUCCACAGCCCCACUACAGCUACAGGCCUCGGAAUAGAGCCCCACACAGUUUGAGGAACAACCUGUGGGUCCCUCCUGUGUACAGGAGAGGGCCUGGAUAUUGGGAAACACACAAAAAUCUGGCACAUUGUUACAGUUAGGAAUCAUGGUGCUUAUUGUUCACACUGGACAUUAAACCUGAAGGCAACUUUAAUAUGACUGACCAUUUGUUGUUGUUUCUUUUUAAACAUGAACUUUUUAUAAAUGUUUUUUUGACAAAGUCUGUUUUGCACUUUAGACUAUUUGUUAUAGUUGGAGGAAAUCACUUGUAUUAAAUUAGAUAUUGAUAUUGGAAUACUACACGUAUAGUCUUGAAGUACUGUAUUUUUACUAAGGGAAAUGUUUAUGUUUGCCACUGACUGUCCUUUGUGAUAAAGUGUUUUAUUUAUUCAUAGUGAAGAGUUGUGUCAGAAGUAAAGGCUUAAAUUUAUGGAGUUUUAUUAAAUACUUCUAGCAUCACAACACACACUUUGAUUUUCUCCCCUAUACUGUGUUACCUUCUGUUUGUCUUUGUGUUGCCACCUAUCAACUUGCUACCAAUCAGUGCAAAUAUCACACUUUCUUUUAACUCUAUUGAUUUUUAAAAAAAUUAUUAUUAUUGUUCCCUCUGUAUGUUUUGGUGUCAACUAGAAAAUACUCAAACCCGCACACACAGUGUCUCGCCCUGGUGUUGUGUGUAUGAGGUCCAAUAUCAGGACAGAAAUUCUGGCUUUUCGGGCAAAGAGCUGUUGCUCAGUUCCUAACUGAUCUCAACUAAAUGUUGCGUGACUCUUCAGUCACAUUCAAUAACAGACCUGAGACAUGCAUAUUAAAAUGGUCACAGAUGUGGGGGAUGUGACGAAAUCUUUUGAGCAUCAGCUAACCUGCUGGAUGGGGCUCCUACACCAGCGGCAGACUGAAACAUUGCACAGCACAGUUUGACAGCUGCUCUCUUAUUUGCAAGGGGAUUCCACAGUGGGCCCUCUCCUUGCUUGAUUUGGUGGA